AAAUUUCAGUUUCUGUUCGGUGGUGGCAGUGGAGGAAGCUCAGAGCGGGGAGAAAUUAGCGCAAAAAUGAGAAAAUAAAGCUACAGAAGAGCGUAAAAAAGCUCCCACACAGACGCCACAAGCUUCAGCUUGUCCACUGACGAACAUGGCGCCCGCGGACACUUUUCUCUCAUUUAGCAGCAGUAGCUCGCUGGAUGCUAACGCAGGUGCAGGAUGAGUUCAGGUGCAGACGAGGACGAGGAGACCGCAGCGUUAGAAACGGUCAAGUCUGUCACGCUCACGCAGGACAGUGAUGGAAGCAUCAUCCUGCACUGUCCUCACAAUGAUGAAGACUCGGAGCCUCUUGAGAAGAAGCUCCGCCUCUCUACGGACGAACAGGACGACUCGGACACACCUCAGUUCUCUGUGGUCACUUUACCCAUGUCAGAGAACGACGAAGGCUUCGAGGUGACGAUGACGGCGACAGCAGGGGGCGAUCUCUCCGAAGAGGGCGUGGCCCAGAUACAGAUUCUGCAGGAGGACGAGGACUCACUGUCGCCCAGUCAGAAGACAGAGGUGUCCCCUGUCAGUCAGGCCUGGUUCACCACCAAAGAAGACAAAGACACGCUGGCUAAUAAAGGUCAUAAGUGGAAGCAGGGAAUGUGGUCUAAAGAGGAGAUCGAUGUUCUGAUGAGCAACAUCGACCGAUACGUCAAGGAGCGAGGCAUCGAGGAUCCGGCUGAAAUAAUCUUUGAAAUGUCCAAAGAGGAGAGAAAGGACUUUUAUCGCUCGGUGGCGUUGGGUUUAAACCGGCCGCUGUUCGCCGUGUACAGACGCGUCCUGAGAAUGUACGACAACCGCAACCAUGUCGGCAAGUACACGCCUGAGGAAAUAGAGAAGCUGAAAUCGUUGCGACAGAAACACGGGAACGACUGGGCGACGAUCGGAGCGGCUCUGGGUCGCAGCGCGUCUUCUGUUAAAGACCGAUGUCGACUCAUGAAGGACACCUGCAACACAGGUAAAUGGAGUGAGGAGGAGGAGCGACGUCUGGCCGAGGUUGUGUACGAGAUGGCGGGCGUGACUCCGGGGUCGGCCGUCACGGGAGGCGUGUCCUGGGCGUCGGUCGCCGACCAGGUGCGCACACGCUCAGAGAAGCAGUGCCGCUCAAAAUGGCUGAACUACCUGAACUGGAAACAGAGCGGCGGAACGGAGUGGACGAAGGAGGACGACCUGAACCUCGUACGCAGGAUUUCCGAGCUGGAGGUGGAGGACGAGAACGAGAUCAGGUGGGAAGAUCUGGCCGGAGGGUGGAGCAGCGUCCGCUCGCCGCAGUGGCUGCGAUCCAAGUGGUGGAGCAUCAAGAGACAAGUGGCCAAUCACAAGGACAUCCCCUUUAUUGUUCUGCUGAAAGGCCUCCAGGAGGUGAUGGUGUCCCAGCAGACAGGAUCUGGACCGGGAAGCCCCUCCUCUUCCUCCUCGCUCCAGAUCCGCCUCACCCGAUUGGAGGAUAGCAGCGGCAGUAGCCCCGCCCCCAGCUCUGUGGCGGCGCUGCAGAUCCCCGUCCAGAUCCCUCUGCAGAUCACACACCUGGCCUCAGACUCUUCAGCAGCAUCAGUCAGUGACAGUGAGACUAUCACUCUGAACACAGGAGCUCUACAGACAUUUGAGAUCCUCCCUUCCUUCCACCUCCAGCCCACCGGCACCCCGGGAACCUACUACCUCCAGACGACGUCCAAUCAGGGCCUUCCGCUCAGUUUGUCCGGGAACAGCACGGUAACCUUGACGACGGGCUCCUCGCCGUCGCCACACGAACACAUCAUCCUUCACAGCCUGUCGACGGACGGCUUCUGCUCCAGCGACGGCGUCAUCAUCCAGACAGUCAGCUCCGACUCCGCCUCCUCUGACCCCCUCGGCCAGUCGCAGCUGGUCGUAGAGGCGGAGGGGCGGGGCCAGGAAGACCACCUGGAUGCCACAAGUCUCCUGGAGAGUUCAGAGACCAUUGUCACGGAAACGCAGGAGCCAAUAACGGAUGGAUUCACUGACAAGGAGAUGAGCGCCCCCUCUGACGAGAGUCCAGUGGUGCAUUCUGGAAUAACAUCUGGUGGCACUGUGUUGAUUGUGUCUCCUCCCAACAUCAGCAGCACACUGACAGAUCCAAUCCUGGAGAACCAGGAAGUCUCCGACUGAGCUGGACCUUCAUCAUCAUGGCAGGUAACAAUUUAAUGGACUUAAGGAAGAGGUGGAGCCUGGUGACUGUCAUCAGUCUGUGAGUUGAGUCCAGACUCAAACCUCUUUUUUUGACUGAAUCAGUGAGGCUUCAGGUGUUUGAGGUUUCAAAAUAAAAGCCCUGGAUGAAAUGUGAACGCAGCCACUCGCUGCUGCAGACGUUCGCUCUCAUGGCGUCAGAGACUUUAACGACUGUGAUGGACGUAAAUGUGGGCGUGUCCGUCGUGUCUGAGCUGACGGAACCUUUUUUUAAAAAAAAAAAACAAAACACAGAGGGAAGAUUGUGCAGCUCGUUGAAUCACGAUUAAAUAAAUCAUGUCCGCUGCGACACAUUUUUAA